CAGCACUAAAUCAUUGUGGCGUACGAGGCAGUUGAGAUGCGCGUGAGUUUAUAAACAAAACCGGUGUCCCCGAUUGGCCAGUGAGAAGCCGGCAACCGACACGGACGUUGUACUCGUAUUGAGCAAAGUUUAUUCCACUAAAGUUAUUAAUUGUUGACUCAAAAAAUGGAGAAACUGUGUGUAUUUUUCGUAAUCGCUCUCUUCGCCAAUGGUGCUCUAGGACAAGCAGCGCAGCCACAAGAAGGUGACGACGGCCUAGAUGAUAGGUACGGCUUCAACGGGCCAAACUGGUUCCCAGGUCAAUUCCCUCGUCCCAACAGGUUCCCGCCGUUCCCCAAUCAAAAUCAGUUCCCCAACCAGAACCAAUUCCCCAAUCAAAACCAAUUUCCCAAUCAAAAUCAGUUCCCUAACCAGAACCAGUUCCCUAACCAGAACCAGUUCCCUAACCAGAAUCAGUUCCCCAACCAGAACCAGAACAACCAGGGCCAACGUACAACGACUCCUACUCCUACAGGAACAACCACGAUGUCGCCCCAACAGCGCCAGUGCAUCAGUACGUGCCCAGUGACAGCUGAGUACAACCCUGUGUGCGGCACUGACAACGUCACGUACGGCAACCCUGGAAGACUGAACUGUGCUCAACUUUGUGGCGUCAACGUAUCCCUGCAAAGAACAUCGCCUUGCCCGACCCCUCCUCCCACCAUUGACGGCGUUGCCCAGUCAGCUUUGCUGGUAUUUUUGGGCAUUGUAGUUGUUCAGGGGUAUGGUCCAAAAAUAUCUCGCAAAUCCCAUGGAAGUUCACAUAGAUCAUCUCAUGGAUCUAAGCAACGUGGCUCCUCUCACGGCGGACCUCCUCAAAGGGGGAAGUCUCACUGGUCAUCUCAAAGAGGCUCCUCACACCACGGAUCGUCCCACCAUGGGUCCAACGACCACGGAUCGUCUAACCGAAAACGACCUUAUACGCAUCCUAAAGAUGUAGGAAAAGACCACCAAGCUGGCCACUGGGAAAAUUCACCCGUAUGGAUUGAUGACGAGGAUUCUUACGAGAAGAACCGCGAUGACAGUGGCAGUUACGAUAGUGACGACUACGAUAGCUCAGACUAUGAUAGUCGUGGCCGCGGUCGUGGUCGUGAUCGUGAUAGUUCCGGUCCUGACGACUCAGGUUGGGGCUCUAACGAUAGUGAUUAUACUCCCGGAAGUGGAAGUUCAGAAUAUUCUGGACCGUCCAGUGAAGAAGAUGGUAGUUUUUAUGACCACUUUCAUUCAAAAGUGCCCUGCAAACGUCCCCAUACCAAACCUCCAAGGGGAACAACGAUGAAACCUACACGCCGAACUACACCACAUCCUACAACUCCCCGGGGUACUCCUAAACCUUCGAAUAAUAAUUGGGGUGGUACUGAGUCUUGGGGUUCGCCUAAACCUGGACCUGGGAAUAAUAAUUGGGGCACUCCUAAACCUUCGGAUAAUAAUUGGGGUGGUACUGAGUCUUGGGGUUCGCAUAAGCCUGGACCUGGGAAUAAUAAUUGGGGCACUCCUAAACCUUCGGAUAAUAAUUGGGGUGGUACUGAGUCUUGGGGUUCCCAUAAGCCUGGACCUGGGAAUAAUAAUUGGGGCACUCCUAAACCUUCGAAUAAUAAUUGGGGUCUUCCUGAGCCUACUAAUAGUGAUAAUGAUUGGAGUACUCCUAAACCUUCGAAUAAUAAUUGGGGUGGUACUGAGUCUUGGGGUUCGCAUAAGCCUGGACCUGGGAAUAAUAAUUGGGGCACUACUCGACCUUCGAAUAAUAAUUGGGGUGGUACUGAUUCUUGGGGUACGCAUAAGCCUGGGCCUGGCCCUAGGCCUACUUCUAGACCUAAGCCCAAUACUUGGCCUACGCCUAGACCUACUCGCCGACCUGGACCGCAUCCUACAACUCCUAAUCCUGGACCACAACCUACAACUCCUUGGUCUACUCCUAAUCCUGGACCACAACCUACAACUCCUGGGUCUACUCCUAAUCCUGGACCACAACCUACAACUCCUGGGUCUACUCCUGGACCUGCCCCUAGGCCUACUAGAGGUACUGCAUCAACGGGAACAGAAUGGCACCCAAACACGCCUACAGAAGAGACCACCCAUUGGGAGACUACCACAUCUCUCCCUGAGACCACAACUGAAGGAGAAGAAGCAAUCACGACACUUUCACCAGAAAUAACGAACUGUAUAGCUUCUUGUGCUUCGACACCUGAAUACAACCCAGUCUGUGGUUCCAACGGUGUUACCUAUGACAAUGAAGGGAAGCUGUUUUGUGCUAACAGCUGUGGAGUGAGUGUUACAUUACGACGUCGAUCAGUCUGUCCGCCGCCUCCGUUCGAUGAAGGUGAUACUAAUGAUCAGACUGCUCCAACGACCCCACCGACUACGACCCUCACUCCACCAGUGGGUCGCACCACUUCUUUGACUAGCUUCCAACGUUGCAUGAGGAAUUGUCGUAUAACAGCAUCCUUCACUCCUGUAUGUGGUACCGACCUCGUUACUUACAUGAACAUGGACCGUUUGAAAUGCGCUCAAAGUUGUGGCGAAGUUGUCGAGGUGCUUUGCGAAAAGCCAUGUGCUGCUUGUGGCUACAGUCCCGUAGCUCCUAAAACAACAACUUUGGCGCCAACAACGAGCUCUUCAAACAUUGCCAGGACUACCGUCGAACCUAACGUACAGGAGUGUAUUGAUAGCUGUCUAACCACGCAGCAACAAGACCCCAUGUGUGGUUCAGAUGGCGUCACAUAUAAAAAUCCCUACCAUUUGAUUUGUGCUCAGAUGUGUGGAAUUGAGGUGAUAGUACGUCGUUUUGGUCCCUGCUCACCGACUACAGCGAUCACAACUACAACAACGACUACAACUACGACUACUGAAGCUUCUGUGACUUACUCACCGGCCGUGCUUAAAUGCAUACGAGGUUGCCCGGUCACGGCUGAAUAUAAUCCCGUCUGCGGCACAGAUACCCUCACGUAUGCCAACCAUGGAAACUUAGAGUGCGCUAAAUGGUGCGGUGUUGACGUAGAAUUAAAAUACAACACAAGAUGUAUCGACGAAUUCGAUCUUGAUGGGACUACGACCGUCUCGUCACAGACUACACCAGAUAUCAAUGGAAACAAAGAUGUCCUAACUACCACUGCAAAGAGUACUUCGCUGUAUACUUCGCCAACUACUACAGCACGAUCAACGACAACUAAAACAACUCCGAUUACAACAACAUUAUCAACAACAACAGCAGCUCCGAUUUCGUCAUCUACUCUAGGUUUUUCAAUACCGCAAGAUGUGUUAGACACUAUAUUCAAAUCGACGACAGCAGGUUUACCACUUACAACGACAACGAUAAAUCCUGACGCGGAUGAAGAUCUUGAUCUGGACGCCAGGUUUGGGAAACCAACGACAAGUGCUGAUGCCACAUAAACAGUCACAAGUAGUGGUCAUCAUGACAAAGUACAUUCCGCUAAUAAAUACAAAUUAGAUUAAUUGUUA